CUUCUUUUAGCACGGUUUUGAGUGAGAACUCCCGAGUUGUAUGGAUAUGAGGUUCUAUGCAAAAUGCAAAAAUUAAAACUAUGAACAUCGCAUCUUGUGGAGAUUAAGCAUAGUUAAAAAUAUUUGUGCUUGCAUUAAAUUGUGGAACAUACCAUAAUAUGUGCACCCUAGAAGAAAAUGACAACAAUUAUACCUUCUUCGCCAAGAGUUGUGAUAGAACUGCUUUUCGAUCAAAUAGAAAUAGGGUUUAAUAUAGUGAUGCAUUUUUCUCAGGACAUCUGCAAUAUGUUGCUUUCCUUCUUUUCUGGUGCAGACUUGGAGUGAGUAUGAAAGCUUGAGUCAAUACAUAGCGUUUUAUAACACCCCUGAAGUUGAUAGAGAUUAUGUGCAAUACUGGGAAAAGAUGGUCAAGGAAAUUAAGUGGCUUGAAAAUCAUGUGCUUAAAGAAGGUACUCCGGAGUGGGAUCAAAUCCGUCGUAAGGGUUUAUACCAAGCAAUUAGGAUUGCUGCAGAGUUCCCCAACAUUGAUUUCAGUCUAGCAUAUUAUGGUUUCAUGGAGUAUAUAUGGAGGACUCUCUUUUAUGCCAUGUUUGUUAAAGGUCUUGACCGUGCCUAUUUUGAGAUUUGGAAGCGGGUUACUGGGCAGCAGAUGUGUUUCAGAGAUGCUCUGCAGGAAGUUUGCAAUGAGAAUUUGAUUCCAUCGCGCCAACACACUUUGAAGGCCGAGCUGCAGCGACCUGGAGGCUUUUUGCAACUGGAGCGACAAUUUCGCCGGUGCACAGAGGGCAUUAGUAAGGAAGUUCCGGAUUGGAUAGCCCAAGAGUUGAUUUCGCAGGAAGUUAGAUUCAAGCGCGCGUUGCCAAAGACAUAUGUGCAGUACGCGAGGAAGAAGCUCAAGGUUGCAGAAGCCAUAGGAUUGAUUCCCAAUGCCGAGAUACCAGCGUAGAUGUGUUUGUUGCUGACGUGCUUAUUAGCGGUUCCUUUUGCCGCCAUUGUCAUGUUCUUGUUGCUCCUAUAUAUGGUCAGAGCAUAAAUUUGUUUACCUGCCUUUGCUCGGAGGCUUUGGCAACUUGGAUGGAGCUGACCCCAUGGCAGGAGAAGAGCCAACAUGGAAAGCUUUUUCGACAAAAUGGCAUGAGGAGGCUGUUGCUUAUUUUGCAGUUCACAUGGGGGUUGGGGCUCAUCUUGUGCCCCAAAUCAGCUGCAGGAUUAGCCUAGAGGGCCAUGGCCACCAGACAGAUUUCAAUUACCUGUGAGCGCAAACUCAUACCCUCCAGUGAUCAGCUCAAAACUCAAAUGCAUGCAAAUUUUGACUAAAUGAAUGGCACUGUUAUCGAAGGAUGGACGGAGUAAAUCAUUUCAGAUAGGAGUCUAUAUGCUCAGUCCAUGCUGUUGCUUGUCUGGAAAACACGAGCCAGAAAGUUGAGCAACUAGCUAAAUAAUACAGCGGAGCAGGUGUGGAUUGAUGUGGUGUAGUGGCAACAACCAACUAAUUGAGCCAUGUACCUUUCAUCUCCACUUCAACCACUAACGCUACUAAUAGUCGAAGUCUAACAGAGGUGUGGAUUGAUGUGGUGCAGUGCAAUGGCAGUGCCAGCAACCAACUAACUGAGCAAUGUACCUUUCAUUUACCUGUUUAAUUAGUAAUUUUUCUUAAACAAGUAGCUGCAAGGUUAUUAGUAUUGUUUUAUUAGCUGUAUGUACUCCCUCCGUCCGGAAAUAUUUCUAGAUACAUCCAUUUUUAUUUA